AUGGAACCUUCAGGAUACGGUUCAGCGCCGCACCGACCACGUAUUUAUCACGCCGCCAGUUAUAACGUCCCCCCGACGUAUGACUUGCCAGUUCCAUCGGACUAUCAAAGACACCCCAAUGGUCGACUACAUCGAAAUUAUUCGGAACCGGUCGGGUUUUCGCAGCGCAAUGUCGUAGACCCACGAUAUGACGCUCAACCGCCAUAUCCAUCUCAGCCGCUCCAUCAAAUUAUGUCGCAAUAUCCUGCCCAGCCGCCCGCUGAAUACGGAAGCAACGCCGUUUAUCAAGCGUCCCAUCGCCCAGCAUAUGACGAAUAUCAUUCAUCCGUUCCUCUCCACUCUAAAACGCCCCCAGCCCCGCCUAUGAAGCCACAGCAAGUUCGUCGAUCGAUCGGGCAGGAUGAGUCCACCGUCCAGGAACCGAAGCGACCAGCAUUUCCCUUCAAAUUUCGUCGGAAGGCCAAAUCUACACCGAACGUCGAAGAGGCUACGGCAUCAGCCCAGCCCCUUCCCGCCUCCAAGGGGCCCCAACUCGAGAGUCUGCCGCCGCAUGGUCAGGGCCUCGACGAGACAAGUAUAAAACAAGGCUCUGCUACAGAAGAGGCUACACGUCUUCGACGGCAGACCAUGUUAUGGUUUAAGAGCCUCAUACGCUCGUCUGGACAUGCGCAGUCGCGGCCCAGUGGCGGGCCCGUUGUUCUGCAGAAAGUAUCUCCUGUAGAGGUAGAUAUCCCCAAGAAAGAGGUGGAUAGUGCUAAUGGGCGUGAUCAGCGGCGUAGACGGGAUUCUCGACCUGAGAGGGCACCAGAAGUGUACGCCAAUCCACCUCGUGAUUCGAGCUCUCGAAGGUUGGAAAGGAGAAACUCGGGAGGACGUAGCUCGGAUGCGGAUCCAUCUCGACGUAGAGAGUCGUCGCAGUAUCAGAGGCGGGGAAAUGAGCCUGCUCACGCACAGGCGGUACCUACCCAGUCGUCGCGUCGUCGAGAACGUGGAAUGUCCCAGCCACUUCCGACUCCAUUGGACGCUGGCGAUUCGAGGUAUGGCCGAGCGCCUGCACGUCCUCGUAGUCGGUCGAGAGAGCGAGAUCAAGGCCCUCGCCGAUCCUCGCGGCGUUAUUCGACCAGGGAAGACGGUUACACCUCAAAAUCUAUGGACGAAGGGUACAAGUCUCGGCGAGAAGAGUCGCAUCCGAUAGUCAAAGCCGACCCAUCUCAAGUGGCAGUCCCACUGCAAAAGGCCAGCAGCAUUAUAUCCAACAGAGAAAGAUCACAUAGUGUCCUCGAGUCGGAGCGGCCUACUACAGGCGACAGGCCGUCGACUGAUGGGACAGCAGCGCCGAGCCAGCGCCCACGUGCACCGAGCCUUCGCUCCAUUCUCAAGCCACCACCUUCUACGAGUGCAAUUCGUCUACCAUGGGAGGGCGAUGACAUGCCGCACUCGGGCGUUGAGCGCGGCUACGAUCCACGGCAUUCCGAGUAUCGUCGGCGUCGAAGUGAUAGCAAUCGCUCGACUCAGCGACCUCCUUCCUCUUCUAGUCACUAUGAUCAUGAACCUGCUAGAUCGGUGACGUCCAAAAGCAGCAUACGGUCUCACUCUCCAAGCACACGCUAUUCGACAGAGUCUGGCGGUCAACGUGCGGAGCAAGUCAAGGUGAAUACAAAGCACAACGCUACUAAUCUAACGUAUCAACCGCAUCGUGACGCGGCACCAGCCCUCCAGUAUGGGAGUGUGCCGGUUCAACCCAUCUAUUACUCGGACCAGGAGUACCCACGAACCCGUCGUCGAUCGAGCACAUCUGCAGCAAGGCCUGAAUAUGUUUAUGCAGAUCCUUAUGGACAUUAUUCUGACUAUGACCGGCGCGAGCCCAGAGGUCAUCGUCAUUAUGCCGGCUAUGCUUAUCAUGGUGCUGAAUAUGCUCCUAACUAUUAUGUACCAACCCAAGAGUAUAGUCCUGCAGACUAUGGACCGGUAUAUCCCGUGUAUAGAUAA